AUGAAAUCUGAUGGUUCGAUUGUGAGGUUUAAAGCUCGUUUGGUCGCUAAUGGGUUCCAUCAGCAAGAGGGUCUCGAUUAUACAGAGACUUUCAAUCCUGUGACUUUGGGUAAGCUAUUCUCCAUGAAGGACCUUGGGCCCCUCAAUUACUUUUUGGGGAUUGAAGUCACUUAUAAGGGUGAUUGUGUUCACCUGACGCAAGCUAAGUAUGCAACUGAUCCAUUGGUAUGCACUGGAUUUACAGAUUGUAAGCCUUUGUCCACUCCAUGUGCUUCGGGUCAAAAUUUGAGUAUGUAUUCUGGUGAACCUCUUUGUGAUCCUACUGAGUACAGGCAAGUUGUUGGUGCUUUGUAG